CUGCUACAAGGCGAUUCUCCGUUCGCGCUGAUAGAUGUGCGCGAGGCCGGCGAGUUCAACAACGCACACAUUCCCGGCGCGAGCCUGAUCUCGCGGCGCGACCUUGAGGCUCAAAUUGCCGCCGCUGUGCCGCAUGCCGCGACUCCGGUGGUGCUGUGCGAUGAUGAUGCUCGCAGAGCGACUUUCGCCGCUGCCACUCUGGGGCGGCUCGGCUACUCCUAUGUGUCCGUGUUGGACGGUGGCAUCAACCUGUGGGUAACGCAGGAGUACCCGACGGAGUGGGGCGUGAAUGUUCCGAGCAAGGACUUCGGGGAGAAGGUUGAGGUCGUGCAUCAUGUGCCUGAGAUUGACGCUGUGGAGCUGCGUGAGCGCAUUGAUCGCGGCGAUGAGCUUGUCAUUCUGGACACGCGCACUCCUGAAGAGUACCAGCGCCUUUGUAUUCCGGGCGGACGCAGCGUCCCCGGGGCCGAGCUUGCGCUACGAAUCACCGACAUCACGAAGGACCUGAGCGACGAUGCUACGGUCGUAAUAAACUGCGCGGGACGCACACGCAGCAUCAUCGGAACGCGGGUUUUGCAGCGCAUGGGCUUGCCCAAUGUCGUGGGAUUGAAGAACGGCACUGCCGGCUGGUCGCUGGCAGGCUACUCGCUGGAAUCAGGCGCAGACCGACUUGAACUGCCCUCCGUGUCAGAGGAUGGCAUCGCGGCCGCAGAGGCCUACGCGGACCGCCUCGCAGAAGAGGACGGCGUUCGCUACCUGGAUGCCGACGGCUUGCAGGAACUUAUGGCACGCCGCUCCGACGAGACGGUCUAUCUCGUGGAUGUGCGGACUUCCGAAGAGUAUGCAGCAGGGCACAUUCCCGGCUUCCGCUGGUUUGCGGGUGGUCAGGCGGUGCAGCGCUCGGAUGAGGUAGCGGUCGUGAAGAACUGCCCCAUCGUCUUCUGCUGCGACGGACGCGCCCGCGCAGCCAUUACCGCAUCGUGGUAUAGGCAGAUUGGGCACAAGGAUGUGUACGCCGUGCAUGGCGGUACGGGAGAAUGGCAGCGCGCCGGACAUUCUUUGGAUCAAGGUCAUUCUCAGAUGCAGCCACUCGGACUGGACGAGGCGCAGAGCAAGGUUCGUGUUCUGUCUGCAUCCGAGAUGCCGUCUGCGUCCGAAGCUGCCAUCAUCUUCGUGGGCACGAGCCAGCAGUUCGCUGAGGCGCAUGUCCCCGGCUCUCGCUGGGUACCGCGCGGAUGGCUUGAGACGCAGGUCGCCGACUUCGCGCACGACAAGUCAGCGCCCGUAGCCGUGACCUGUGUUGACGGCGUUGCCUCAACUUUCGCGGGGGCGACUCUCGCCGAUGAGGGAUAUGCGGAUGUCGCCGUGCUGGAAGGCGGAAUGCGCGCAUGGCGGCAGGCAGGGCAUGGGAUAGAACAAGGGCUUACGGGUGUAAUGUCAACUCCUGCCGAUGUCGUGCCUGCGGGUACCGAUCGCGGAUACGCGGACAUGAUGAACUACCUGCGCUGGGAAGAAGAACUCGGUAGGAAGUACGAGUCGUAA